GCGUAGCUGGGCUGCUGUGGUGCACCGCCCGCCUUGGAUCCUGGUAGGGCUUGGUUGAAAUACACAGCAGUUAGGGGGGAACUGGACGGCUAGUGGUUCUCUUGUGUCUGGGGAGGAAGUGUGACAAUGUUACCUUUGUAAAAAAUAUCUUUGGAAUCUCUGACGUCCAUAUGGCUAUGUAUGAUGAAGAUCUCUUGAAAAAUCCUUUUUAUUUGGCUAUUCAGAAACGUCGUCCUGACCUUUGCAGGAAAGUUGCAGAAUUCCAUGGUAUUAUAUUAGUACCGUGCAAAGGGAGCCUUUCAAGCAGCAGUCUCUCUACCUGCCAAUUUGAUUCCUAUGUUUUAAAACCAGUGGAAGAAAAAUUUCAGACCUUAAAUGGAAAGGAGAUCUUUAUUCAAGGAAACUUGAUUAUUUUAGGAACUGGUUUUAAUCAUCAUCUCUCAGUACCCGUUCUCUUUGAGGAAACAUUCUACAAUGAAAAAGAAGAAAGUUUUAGCUUAUUGUGUAUAGCUCAUCCCCUGGAAGAAUCUGAAAUCUUAGAAGAAUUUAAAACCCCAUCAAACUCUUAUUCCCUGAAAAACAUUGAGGAUGUGAGAGAAUUUUUGGGAAGACAUUCUGAACGAUUUGACAGACACAUUGCAUCUUUCCAUAGGACUUUUAAAGAACAUGAAAGAAAAAGCCUACGACAUUACAUAGAUUCUGUUAAUGCACUUUACACCAAAUGCCUCCAGCAUUUAUUGAGGGAUUCUCACUUGAGGAUGCUUGCAAAGCAGGAACCUCAGAUGAAUCUGAUGAAACAAGCAGUUGAAAUGUAUGUACAUCAUGAUAUUUAUGAUCUGAUCUUUAAAUAUGUGGGAACUAUUGAGGCAAGUGAGGAUGCAGCCUUUAACAAAAUUACAAGAAGCCUCCAAGAUCUCCAGCAAAAAGAUAUUGGAGUUAAGCCUGAAUUCAGCUUUAAUAUUCCACGUGCGAAGCGAGAAUUGGGUCAGCUGAAUAAAUGCACCUCCCCACAACAGAAGCUGAUCUGUCUUCGAAAAGUGGUGCAAAUUAUUAUGCAGUCUCCUAGCCAAAGAGUUAACAUGGAGACCAUGUGUGCAGAUGAUCUUCUCUCUGUGUUACUGUAUCUGCUUGUAAAAACAGAGAUUCCUAACUGGAUGGCAAAUUUGAGUUACAUCAAAAACUUCAGGUUUUGCAGUUCAGCAAAGGAUGAACUGGGAUACUGCCUGACCUCUGUUGAGGCUGCUAUAGAAUAUAUCCGACAAGGAAACCUCUCCGACAGACCAACAGAAUCUGAGAGGUUUAGUGACAAGUUCUUGAGACAAAGAAUGAACUUGCUAUCCCAGAUGUCCACGACCCCAAUAGAUUGCUUGUUCAAGUAUAUUGCUUCAGGUAACCAGGAGGAAGUGGAACGAUUACUAAGUCAAGGUGACAGUGAUAAAGACACUGUACAGAAAAUGUGCCACCCACUCUGUUUCUGUGACAAUUGUGAGAAACUGGUUUCUGGGAAGAUGAAUGAUCCUUCCAUUGUCACUCCGUUUUCCAGAGAUGACAGGGGAUACACACCACUUCAUAUAGCUGCUAUUUGUGGGCAAGCAUCAUUAAUUGACCUGUUAGUUUCCAAAGGAGCUGUAGUCAAUGCUACAGAUUACCACGGUUCAACACCUCUUCACCUUGCCUGUCAGAAAGGAUAUCAGAACGUUACACUUCUCUUGUUGCACUAUAAGGCAAGUACAGAUGUUCAAGACAAUAAUGGCAAUACUCCACUUCAUUUAGCCUGCACUUAUGGUCAUGAGGAUUGUGUCAAAGCUUUAGUCUAUUAUGAUGUACACUCUUGUAAACUAGAUACUGGUAACGAAAAAGGAGAUACUCCCCUCCAUAUAGCUGCUCGUUGGGGCUAUCAAGGAAUAAUAGAAGUGCUGCUGCAGAAUGGAGCCAACCCAGAUAUUCAAAACCGGAUGAAAGAGACUUCCCUGCAGUGUGCAUUAAAUUCCAAGAUUUUAUCAUUGAUGGAAUUAAACUACCUAACAUUUGAAAGGGGACAGAGUGCUUCUGAGUCUCCAGUUAGGUCUCCUCAGCAUUCAGCAGACACCUUCAGCAGAGGGUCAUCUGUCUCCAGCUUGUCAUCAGCGUCAGCAGAUACCAGACAAGAAGAAAUUAAAAAUAAUUACAAAGAGAUAGAAAAACUCUUACGAGCAGUUGCUGAUGGAGAUCUGGAAAUGGUUCGCUAUCUUUUGGAAUGGAUGGAGGAAGACGUAGAAGACAUAGAAGAAGCAGACGAAGCUGACGAUACAGUGAAGCCAGAGCUCUGUCACCCAUUAUGCCAGUGCUCAAAAUGUGAGCCAAUACAAAAGAAGCUUUCAAGAAUCCCUGCUAAUGGACUUGGAGUAAAUGUUACAAACCAGGAUGGCUUUACGCCACUACAUGUGGCUGCACUGCAUGGGCACCCUGAGUUAGUCUACCUUUUGUUGAAACACGGUGCCAAUAUAAGUGCAAAGAAUAUUAACCAUGCCGUACCUCUUCACCUGGCUUGUCAGAAAGGUCACUUUCAGGUAGUAAAGUGUCUAGUGGAUUGCAAUGCUAAACAAAAUAAAAAGGAUGUACAUGGAAAUACUCCUUUAAUUUAUGCUUGCUUGAAUGGCCAACAUGAGGUUGCUGCCUUGUUGUUAGAGCAUGGGGCCUCUGUUAACCUUUCUAACAGCAAGGGAAAUACAGCACUGCAUGAGGCUGUGAUAGGAAAACAUGAAGUCUUGGUAGAGCUGUUACUUCAGAAUGGUGCUUCGAACCACAUUAGGAACAAAAGACAGUGUACACCUCUUGACUGUGCUGAGCUGAAUUCAAAUAUCAUGAAGUUGCUACAAACAGCACCAAGCUAUGCACCAACAUCAGCGGAGGGAGGAGAAACAGACUAUGAGCAGCAUGUUACUAUCAAGAUCAGGAAAAAAGUAAAUGUUAAGUUACCUGAGACAGCAGAUGAUCCCAUCAGCAGACGACUUCAACUGGUCCAAUCAAUCAACAGAUUUAACAAAUCAAAAUAUUUACGGAGAACAAUAACAAGAGAUAAAAGUGUCCCUAAUUUUGAUGACGAAUUAUUGCAUCAGUUAGCUAUUAAGAGCUUUGAUAAGACUAAGUUAAAACCUAUUGACCAGAUGUUGGACCAGAGCAAAGUUAAGAUUAUUGACGCAGAAAGCAAUGGUGAACCUGCGAAACAGGAUGAUGUGAUAGAUGCUCCUCUUAGAAGUAAACUAAUGCACCGAAGACACACAGUUAGUGUGGCACUUUCAGCAGAGAAUGUCAGUGACGACAGUGAUUUAUCCAACAAAAGAGAUCCAAGUAUUUCACUGUCAAAAGACUGUUCUGGUGACUUGCUAUCAAAACACUAA